CUCUCGGCUCGGGAAACCGGAACUGCUCUUUAGUUCUCGCGAGAAGCGUGGAGGGGGGGGCGGGGAAGGCGCAGGGUUUGAAACAUGGCGGACGACGUGGACCAGCAACAAACUACCAAUACUGUAGAGGAGCCCCUAGAUCUCAUCAGGCUCAGCCUGGAUGAGCGUAUUUACGUGAAGAUGAGGAAUGACCGAGAGCUUCGAGGCAGAUUACAUGCUUAUGACCAGCACUUAAAUAUGAUACUGGGAGAUGUGGAAGAAACCGUGACUACCAUAGAAAUUGAUGAGGAGACGUAUGAAGAGAUAUACAAAUCAACAAAACGGAAUAUCCCAAUGCUCUUUGUCCGGGGAGAUGGUGUCGUACUCGUUGCCCCUCCUCUGAGAGUUGGCUGAAACAAAGAAUUUAUCCUGUGUAGAAAGUAGGAGACUGUACAAUUGAAUCUUCAAACAUACAAAAGAUUCAGAGAGAGAAGCAUGCAUAUUUUUUUAUACUAAGACAUGACCAAGGAUUCCUCCAUCCCAAGAUGAGUUGGUUUGCAAAUGUCUUACAGUUCUUCAGCUAAAUGGCAUUUUUAUUUUUCUCCAUUUGUUCUAAUAAAUGUGAUUACCAACCUGCUA